CGGGAUAUUCAAAUUUAGUGUACAAAUAUGUGGGUAUGGACAACUCUUUGAUGACUAUGCUUAAGGCUGGAAGUAAGGGUAACAUACAGAAAUUAGUGCUACACAGUAUGUGCCUUGGUUUGCAAAACUCACUAGAUCCAUUAUCUUUCAGAAUUCCGAACCAGUUGUCGUGUGCUGCGUGGAAUAAUCAAAAGGUAAUCAGUUCAGAUCAGAAGGUUGAGGGAAGUGCUGAAUGCGUUGAGUCCUACAUCCCAUCUGCUGUGGUUGAAAGCUCUUUCUUGACAGGCUUAAAUCCGUUAGAAUGUUUUAUUCAUUCAGUAACAAGUCGAGAUAGUUCUUUUAGUGGAAAUGCUGAUCUUCCUGGGACUUUGACAAGAAAGCUUAUGUUUUUCAUGCGGGAUUUGUGCACUGCUUAUGAUGGAACAGUGAGAAAUGCAUAUGGGAACAAGGUUGUUCAGUUCUCCUAUGACAUAUCCUUGCCAGAUAGCACCAGUACCGCACAUGAUAAGAGUGCUGCUGCUUGUGAUGGUGUAGGUGGCGAACCUGUUGGCUUGUUGUCUGCUUGUGCGAUAUCUGAGGCUGCAUACAGUGCUCUAGAUCAGGCAGUUAGUCUUCUUGAAACUUCCCCGCUGCUAAAUUUGAAGAACAUAUCGGAAUGUGGCUCAAAGAAAAGCAGUGCCAAGCAAACCAUGUCUCUAUAUUUGUCUAAGAAGCUUGGAAGACAGAGGCACGGCUUCGAGUAUGCAGCCUUGGAAGUUAAGAAUUAUUUGGAGGGGCUGAAAUUUUCCGACAUUGUUUCUACUUUUAUGAUAAUCUUCUCCUCCCACAAAGAGAGCAAAAAGCGUUUCAGCCCAUGGGUUACUCACUUUCACAUAGGCAAGGAAAUUGUGAGGAGGAGAAGACUGAAGAUGCGUUCCAUUGUCAACUCCCUUUAUGCGAGGUGCAACUCUGUCAGACUGGAACUAAAAGCUAUUCUUCACAGUUUGCUGAUUACAAGCAAGGACUGCUCUGCAGCUUACACUUGCAACGGAGAUAAUGGUACAUUUUGCAUCACUGUCACUAUGGCUGAAAACAACAAAAGUUCUUCUGAACAGCUGGAUAAAGCUCGAGACUUAGUGAUACCUUUCCUGCUUGAAACAGUGGUUAAAGGUUGGUUGUGCACCCUGGCUUAUAGUUAGGCUAUAUGGGGUCGGGAUGGGAUAAGAAACUAGCGUGUGGCA